AGGGGCUGGGGCUGGCCUCGCCCCCUGCCCGCCCCUCGGCCCUGCGCCGCCCGGCCGGGGGCGCUUCGUGAGGUGCCGGUGUCGGUGCCGGUUCCUCCCGCCGCGGGGGCCGCGCCGCCACCACCGAGCGUGUGAGGGGCGGGCGGGCGGCGGCAAGCGGGGAGAGCGGGUCGAUGGAGCACAACCACCUCCACCUCCACAACGGCUCCCUCCUGGCGCACCACCGCUAUGGCUGCGGCUUGGGGUACGCGCCCGUCGUCUACUACAGCCUGCUGCUGUGCCUCGGGCUGCCAGCAAACAUCUUGACAGUCAUCAUCCUUUCCCAGCUCGUGGCUCGCAGGCAGAAGUCCUCCUAUAACUAUCUUCUAGCUCUAGCUGCUGCUGACAUCCUGGUUCUCUUCUUCAUCGUCUUUGUCGACUUCCUCAUGGAAGAUUUCAUCUUAAAUAAACAGAUGCCUCAGGUACUGGACAAAAUAAUUGAGGUCUUGGAAUUUUCUUCCAUCCAUACCUCCAUUUGGAUUACGGUUCCACUAACCAUCGAUAGGUAUAUAGCUGUGUGCCAUCCACUUAAGUAUCAUACAGUCUCCUACCCUGCUCGCACUCGAAAAGUCAUUGUAAGUGUCUACAUCACCUGCUUUUUGACCAGCAUUCCCUACUACUGGUGGCCCAACAUUUGGAUUGAAGACUACAUAAGCACAUCAAUGCAUCAUGUCCUCAUCUGGAUCCACUGCUUUACAGUUUACUUGGUGCCCUGCUCCAUCUUCUUCAUCCUUAAUUCGAUCAUUGUGUACAAGCUGCGACGGAAGAGCAAUUUCCGACUGCGAGGGUACUCCACAGGGAAAACAACAGCCAUUUUGUUUACUAUAACUUCUAUUUUUGCCAUACUCUGGGCACCAAGAAUAAUCAUGAUACUGUAUCACCUCUACGUAUCGCCUAUAAACAACAGCUGGGUGGUACAUAUUGUGUCGGACAUUGCCAAUAUGCUAGCAUUGCUAAACACUGCAAUUAAUUUCUUCCUCUACUGUUUUAUUAGCAAAAGAUUUCGCACAAUGGCAGCUGCCACACUGAAAGCCUUCUUUAAGUGUCAGAAGCAACCUGUGCAAUUCUAUACAAACCAUAACUUUUCAAUAACAAGCAGCCCUUGGAUUUCCCCGGCCAACUCUCAUUGCAUCAAAAUGCUUGUUUACCAGUAUGAUAAGAAUGGAAAGCCUAUAAAAAUAUCACCAUGAUAUAUGAAGAGGGCAAUAGCUGGAGUUUCCAGGUGCAAGUUCUUUACAAGUGGUUACCUCUUCAGGAUGUAACCACAUCUGCUGAAAUGGCUGUUUUAAGGAGUGGUCAUUUGAUUUCAUUUCCCUGGGAGGCUGAGGGCAGAUGAGACUGUUAGGAGGGAACAGGAGCACCUGAUUUAGGAGCAAGAGCGAGAAGGCAAACGCCUCCGUCUCCUACAUAGCAUUUUGAAUAUGCUUCAGAGUUCAAGUCUUAGUGUUCAGUCGCACUCUAAUGUUUUGCAUCCAAACACCAGUGCAGUCCAAAGUCUUUGGAGGGGGAAACUCACAACAGUGUUUAAUUAAGACCUUUCAAAACCACCACCAAAGUCUUACUUGACCAUGUAGUUCACCAUCGACAGAGCAAAUGGAUGCUUUUAAGUACUGUGGAAGGUGCCAUUUCUGUUGCGUGCACUUGCCAAAAAUGAUGUGUUCUUUCUGACAUGAAAUACCACCGCACAGACUUGCUGCCAAGACCUUUUGGCAGGAAGCAGUCCCUGAGACAUGAACUGUGACAAGCCCUUUUUAGCUCAUUUGAGCGAGCUCGAGGACCGAUAUAUGGCCUGUUACAGCCUUGGCACAGAAAGCAACCCUGCAAGCUGCCAGUGUUCAUGUUUUAAGUUAUUUGAGAUGUGACCAAGACAGGGGAGCUUGAGGGAGGGAGGUUUCUAGAGCCAAGAACAAAAGCAGCGUAUUUUCCCAGCUAUUUCAAUUAAGGUGUCUAAAGACUUUCAAGUGCGAGGCCAAAUCCUGCCUGAUGCAGAGCUCCCACAGAAGCUGGUCCUGCAAGGUUUGGAGUGAUUACAGCAUUCAGAUUCCUUGUUAACCAGUGAAGAUUCUCAGUUAUCCCCCAUGUUCAAGGCCUUUAGGGAAUAAAUGUAUUUAAAACCUCAACCUAAGAUUUUUUUCCUGACGGAUGAUACCAUCCUAUUGCAGAUUUGCCAUUUAAUUGUUAACAGACUAUUUGUGAAAGAAAUCCAUUAAAUCCGUUAAAUACUCAACAGUAAAAGCAUAGAUCAGUUUCAAAUAUUUACCUUAUUUAAAGCAGCUUAACUUCUCUUCCUCCACACUCAAAAACCAGCAUCCCAGCAAUGCUGGGUGUAGAAAAUGAGAUUUACAGAAAGGCUGAAAGGGCAUUUCUUUUAUCUCCUUUUUAGAUCUUGGCAUGUGGUCUCUCAGAAUCACGUACCCCAAGUUUUUACUUAUAAUUGGGCACUUUGUACAGCCUUACUGACCGGGAGGGCAGACUUCCUUGCAUGGUGAACACAAGCACAAUUUGGUCAGUGAACACAGCAGCUUCUCAGUAACUGCAAACAAAACACAGCCCGGUGCUAGCAGUGUGUUUGUGUCUGUGCCCAUCUCCAUUACCAGCAGGGAGCUCACGGUGCAUCUGGGACUAACACAGUGACGUCCCCCAAGGAGGGAUCCAAUCUAUUCUGAUUUGGUGGGAUCUGAUGGCUGAAGGCAUCCCUCCAUGACCUGGGAAGCUCAGCUUUGGUGCACUAUCACAUCCUAAGAAAUCUGCAGAAAUCCUGCUGAGGACAACAGCCUGGUUUCCUUCUGUCAUGCAUUUGCACAUCCACUCCUACUGGCAUCCUGCAAAACCAAUACCCACCCCAAACCCAAGCACGUUUUGGGAAGAAAUGGUAGCAGAAGGCACAAGCCACGAAGAGUGGGGCCCCAUGCAAAGGCUGGCUUACAGAUGAAGGGGCUUUCUCAGGAAAAGUUGAGACUUCUCAGGUCAGUCAGGAAGAGCAGAAAGGGGACAGUGAGCAGGUGCCAUCUGGUCUUCUCCCAGCAGCAGAGCCACCAGGCUGCAGCAGUGAGGGCCAGCCCGCAGCCAGAGAUGCUCAGCACUUCCCCUCGAGGUGCUCGAGCACCCCAUGCUGGUUAGAGCCAAGAGAAGGGAAUGGCUGGCAGACUGAGAGCUGACCCUCACCAACCUGGGCAACCAAAGGAAUGCUACAAGCCUCAAUCUCCUCAGAGCUGAAGGGAAGCAAAGAACCCCCUCAUCUUCUAGGCUGUUUGUCCCUCUAAUCUCAACAAACAUCACACUUACUUGCAAUAAUAAAGCAUAAAAGGGAUGCUCAGCCUUGCUGUAUUUAUCACAGCAAGGUUAAAAUGAUUCCUCCCUUUGCUAGGGUUUUACAUAAAUUCAGUCUGGUGGCCAUGCCUUCUACCUUACUCAGAAACCUCUCCGUUCUUUAUGUCAGUUGAUAGUAACCAAAGUUACCUUACGAAAAAGGUACUGUAUGUUUCAUUUGGGGGAAAACACUGUAUUUAUAACUUAUUUUUAUGCUAAACUUGUUAUGAGGAAUGCUAGUUUGAGUUACAUGUGAAUGAGUCUGAAGUGCAAUAUCUAUAUAGAUAAGUGGUUCAUUUUUGAGAAUGUAUCUAUUGAAAAAAUAUUUAUACAAGAAGUUCACUAUUCUACUUAAUAUAACAGUAACAUUACAGAAAAUAGUGAAUGUUUAGGGCUUUUAUUUAUUAAAAAAAUAUAAAGUAAGUGCAUGGCAUAUGCUGCCAUACACAUGGUGUGAUUUAUCAGUUUUUGUAACAUGUUUAUCCUGCAAACUAGCAGUCAUCUGAUUUUUUCUUGUUCUAAUAAUGUAUUUUUGUAAAUUACCAUAUUUAAAAAUAAAAUCUUUUUGUGUGAGUAUUUAUUUCCAACUAAAAACAACUCAUUAAAGUGUUGUAACUUCAUUCGAAAAACAACUCAACCUUUUUCCAUAUCAUUUUAGAAAUGACACGGUGCAAUUUUCAUGUACAGUGGAUUGGUCAUUUCGUUUCUGAUAAUUUAGGGCUUUAAGAGCUUACUUCCAAAGCUCCUUGAAGUCAAAGGGAAGGUUGCUUGUGGCUUUUGUGGUUGAUUUUCCCAAUCCCCAUCAAUUUAAGAGGGCUUUGGAUCAAGCUGUAUCUUGUUAACAGACAUUUGAAGCCUUCUUAGAGUUCAGCUUGGAUAAUAAAGCCUUGACUUUUUAGUCUGCCAUAUGGGAGCUACUGUUGAUAAUACUUGCCUUAUUUUUGGUUUUGUGAAGCAUCUUGCAAUGACUGUUGCUAACUAGCCAAUGUCUUGCUGUGUUAUUCAUACCUCCUAAUUUUCCAGUAGUAAAAACUUAACCAAGCACAUAUAGUGUCAUUAUUUAGGGAAGUAUCCUGGAGACAAAACCAUCUUUGUUCUGUAGAUGGUCUUUUGUACUCUAAUUUAUAUUUCAAGCAUCUACAAUUAGAAAAAAAAUAUGCUGUGAAUGGACAGUUUUACAAUUACUUAUAGGCAUAUGUCCCUCCAGACCACAGCUAGGAACAAAAUACUUUUUAGAUGAGUUGCUGGUAUAUAAAAUUAUGAGACCUAUCACCUAUUUAAAUUGUGAAUAUUGAUAUUUUCAUAAAUAGAAAAUAUAUUGUGUUUGACAGACUUGUUUGUAUUAUAAUAAAUUAUGAGAUGGUGCAUAACUUA